AUGAAGACGACACUCGGCAGGGUCGGGAGGCUCCAUAAGCCCUCAUGGAGUGCUUUUCAAAUUCGACGUCACAGCAGUCAGCCAUUCAUCCAGCAGGUCGCUGCGGUAGAGACGUCCCAUGGGAGCAUCGAUGUGUCGCGGUUCAGGGAGCUUGCCUUUGACGCAGGCAAGCCUUUGCUUAUGAAAAGAUCGCAUGAGGGCCCUACACGCAUGCCAGCCAUAGAGAAAUGGUUUCAGCCAGUGGCUGAUGACCAUACCUCCUCAUUCACAGAGGUGGUUUCUAGCUACUUCCAAGGCUUCUCCAUGGCCUCAAUGCCCUACGAGCUCAUGUAUCCGCAACUGCACGAGGGUACCGGGGAGGUUGUUCGCCAGUUCAUCAACUUCCUCGACUCCGGCAGCCGUGACACUACCAGAACGACGGUCGAGCAAGCUCUCGCUGACCACCUGCGCCAACAGCUCCUGUUUGUGGACAUGCAGCCUCAAGGCGCCCUGGAGCAGCGACUACUCCGCUUUGAAGCCCCUUUGGCCUUACUGCUCGCUGCUCUGAGGUACAACGCAAAGGCGGAGGAACCAUCUCGCAUGCGGCAACUCUACAUAGCACAGUGCUCCCUGCCUGACCUGCCCGGAGACCUGGCUCAAGACCUACCCGCACCGCGCAUCGUGAAGGAGGCAGGCAAGGGCGACAUCUACGCUUCCUCCAUCUGGCUCGGGCUGGAACCGACGUAUACGCCCUUGCAUCGCGACCCGAACCCGAACGUCUUCGUCCAGCUCCGCAGCUCCAAGACCGUGAGGUUGCUACCGCCCCAGGACGGGGACACGGUAUUUCGUCACGUGCAGGCGAGGCUGGGCCGAUGGGGUGGGAGCUCCCGGAUCAGGGGCACUGAGAUGAUGGAGGGCCCGGAGAGGGAAAUGCUCCACCAUUCCGUUUGGAAAGAGCCGGAGGUGGCUUUGCAGGAGGCUCAUCUGGGCUCCGGCGAUGCGCUGUUUAUUCCCAAGGGCUGGUGGCACAGUGUAAAGAGCCACUCUAGCGAUGGCCGGCUGAAUGGAUCUGUGAAUUGGUGGUUUCGGUGA